AUGGCCGCAAGUACAGAUGCUGAAUGGGCUGCUAAACUGGCCAGGAUCAACAAAUCCAAGGAUGUCUUCAAGUCCGGUGUUACUCGGAGCUGGGAAUGGAGGGAGACGCAACUGAAGCAGUUUUUAAAGUUUUUGGACAAUGAAAAACAAGCAAUUUUUGACGCGAUCAAAGCCGAUCUUGGUCGACCGCAUUUGGAGCUGACUAUCGAAUGGAUGAACAUGAAAAAUGCAGUCAACUUCAUGCUCAAAAACGGCAAAAGCAUGAUGAAGGACGAGAAGGUUUCUGGAGGCAUGAUGAACAUGACGAACAGUUUGUACAGACAUCCAGAACCGCUGGGAACUGUAUUGAUCAUGGGAGCAUGGAACUAUCCUUUUGACUUGUGCUUGAAUCCUCUUGUCGGCGCUAUCGGCGCUGGUUGUACGGCGAUAGUAAAGCCAUCAGAAGUAGCGAAGUCUUCAUCGAAAAUGAUCUAUGAUGUUCUCCCGAAAUACCUCGACCCUGAUGCAUUCCCUGUCUUUGUUGAAGGCCCAGAGGGUGCGACCAAAAUGCUGAAAGAGAGAUACGACUUGAUUUUCUUCACAGGAGGAACCAAAAUUGGAAAGAUUGUUUACAAAGCCGCUGCUGAGCAUCUGACUCCUUGCGUCCUGGAACUUGGCGGACAGAACCCAUGCUGGGUCGAUGACGGUUACGACCUGAACCUCGCUGCGAAGAGAAUUCUUUUUGGCAAGGUCAUCAAUUCUGGUCAAAUUUGCAUUGCUCCCAACUAUUUGCUCUGCACCAAAUCUACCAGGGAUCGAUUGGUGCCGGAACUGAAGAAAAUCUUUUCGGAGUUUUAUCCCGAAGGACCGAAGAUUUCGGACUGCUACAGCGGAAAGAUGGUGACGGAGAGGCAUUACAAGCGUCUUGUUGGCCUCCUCGGAAAGACGAAGGGAAAAGUCGUCCACGGAGGAAAUUUUGACGAGAAGACAUGCUUCAUCGAGCCGACUGUUGUCACCGAUGUCACAAUGGACGACAUUUUGAUGGAAGAAGAGCUCUUUGGCCCCAUCCUACCAAUCGUCACUGUUGAUAACUUUGACGAUGCCCUCUCUAAAGUCCAUUCCCUUGAAAAACCUCUUGCUGCUUAUUGCUUCGCUCACGAUAAGAAGAUCAUCAAUCGCUGGGUUAGCGAAGUUAGCUCCGGUGGCAUGUGCAUCAACGACACCAUCAUGCAUAUUUCUCCGGAAACUCUUCCAUUUGGCGGCGUUGGAGAGUCUGGUAUUGGCGCUUAUCACGGAAAAGCCUCGUUCCAUACUUUCUCGCAUUACAAGAGUGUUAUGGAUGUUGGAACACCUCAAUUCCUGCUCAAGCGACGCUCAGCGCCUUAUUCUAAUGAUCCUGCAAAUUCUUCUCAGUUCGAAUGGCUGCUCAAGCAAUAA